UGGUGUUGAGUUUGUGCUCAGAAGGCCCUGGUCUGGACCUGUGCUUGUUGUCAAAGAAUAGACAGGGAAUGCCAGCUCAUGACAGAGUUCACAGUGUCUUUCCCCUCAAUAAAUAAACCUUUAGUGCCUUCCUAAUUACAGCAGGAGCUCCCAGCAAGCUGUCCUUUAAAGGGCAGGUCGUGAGGAAUUGUCACAAAAGAAGUCAUAAUGAAAGAUGCUCGAUUUUCUCUGAUCUUUUCGAAACAUGACUAUGGUCCUACACCUUUGCAUUUUGGCUUCCCACUUUUCUGCUCCACAGCUUUCUCAUUGCACUCUUCACCUCCUGGUUCCUGAGGGUGUAGAUGAGGGGGUUCAGCAUGGGUGAGAUGAUGGAGUAGAACACGGCCAUGUCCUUGUCCUCCACCAGGUUGCUGGAGGGGCGGAUAUAGAUGAACGUGCACGGCCCAAAGAACAGGAUCACUGCAGUGAUGUGGGAGCCGCAGGUGGAGAGGGCCUUGUGCCACCCUGCAGCUGUCUGACCUUUCAGGGAAACCAGGAUGACAACAUAGGACGAGACCAGGAUGGCAAAAGCGCUCAGAGUUAUCAAGCCACCAUUGAUGACCUCGGCGACGCCCACGGCACGGGUGUCGGCACAGGCCAGGUGGAGCAGGGGGUGGACAUCACAGAAAUAGUGAUUGAUUUUGUUUGGGCCGCAGAAUGGGAGACAAAUGGUGAGAAGGAGCUGCAGGGUGGAGUGGAAGAAGGCCCCGACCCAUGAGCCCAACACCAUGAGGCCGCAGGUGCGGCCGCUCAUGAGGGCGGCAUAGUGGAGGGGCCUGCAGAUGGCAACGUAGCGGUCGUAGGCCAUAACCGUGAGGAGGAAGAUCUCAGUGCAGCCAAAGAAGUGAAACCCAAACAGCUGGGCCAUGCAGCCCACGAAGGAGAUGCUUUUACUCCCCCCCAGCAGGCCGGCAAUCAUUUUGGGAGCCGUGGUGGAGGAGUAGCAGAUGUCUACAAAGGACAGGUAGCAGAGGAAGAAGUACAUGGGGCAGUUGAGGCCCUGGCUGCUGAUGACAGUGACCACUAUGAGCAGAUUUCCUGCCACAGUGAUCAGAUAGAAAGCCAGAAAGAGCACCGAAUAUAUUUUCUGCAGCCCUUGGUUCUCCGAGAGGCCCAGGAGGAUGAAUUCCUUCACGCUGCUGGCAUUCUCCAUGUUAAUGUGUUGGGGGAUACUUGAUGCAGCACCUGGGAAUGUGGAAAAAUAAAGGCAAAAAGAUUUCUCAGGUUUUUUAAUGAUAAAAAAUGAAUUCUUGAUCAGAAGUACAGUCACACUAAGAAAUAUGUAGGAUUAGAAGUAAUUAGAAGUGUGGGUUUUUUUGUGUUUUUUCUGGUUGGUUGGUUUGAGGGUUUUUUGUUUGGUUGAUUUUUGUUGUUGAUUUUUCUUUCUCUCCCCCUCUACAUGGUUAAUUUUCCUUGCAUGAGACUCCAGCCAUAGAACCAUAGAAUCCUGGAGUGGGUUGGAAGGGACCUUCAAGACCAUCUAGUUCCAACCUACCUGCCAUGGGCAGGGAUGCCACCCACUCAAUCCUUCUGGCAUUGGGUCCAUCGGAUCCAGGCUUUUGCUUUAGGAUUUCAAAAUCAGAAACUCUUGUGCAGGCAAAAAGCUGCUCAAGUACCCACAGGAAAUGGAGAAAACCCAAAAUUGCUCUCAAAAUUGCCCACAAAGGGAAGCCUAGAGAGGAAGUUGGGAAAGUUUGGGACUUUCCCUGUGCUUCCAGUUGUAGUGGCAGGAGGUAAAAGGUAUUCAAGAAAGGGGGCAAAAUUUAUAGGUCUUCCCUCUAAAAGUAUCUUUUAAGGGAUGGAUUAGAGUUAUGUGAUACAAUGCAGUCAAUUGCAAUAUGAAAGAAAUACAAUGUGGACUGUUUUAAUUUCAAGAAAGGAUGAGAACUUGCACCACCUCCUUCUUGCAAGUGUUUUUCCCUAAAAUCUCAGGUGAUUAAUGGGAAAGAGAAUUAAAGAACUUAAUUUGGGACUGCAGGACUGGCUCUGGAUGUGGUUCUGGGCAAAGAGAGCCAGAGAUGGUUCAGUGAAAAUUUCUUCUUUGUUUUUUCACAUUUGAAAAAUGAGGGGGAAAAGAGGAAAGGAAAGCAGAAAUAGGAAAGAAAAGAGGAAGGAAAAAAGGGAAAGGAUGCAGAGAAUGUGGAAAACUUACCUUCUCUGUGUUUGAAGAUUUAAUUGUUUGUGUAAGGGCUGCAAGAUUUUAUCUCCUCAACAUCUGCCUUUCCUGGGAUGAACGAGAUAGAGCCCAUUCUUUAGAAAAGAGAGAACAGCUUCUGGGAAGCUUGCAAUGCUUGCUUAGGAGGUGCAAUAAUCCCAGCUAAUUGAAUUUCUUGCUUUCCUGUAUCAGCAGGUGUAUCUGGAUGUUUCCUGCCCACGAGAGCUGCUUUGGAGGCUGCUUGGAGAUGGGUGGGCACUGAAGGCUGCACACCCAGCCCAGCAAGCAGAGAGAAGGUUGAGAAGAAAAUUGUUUACAUAACUCUUCUUAAGCAUCUCCAAGGAAAUCUCCCACCUCAAGGGCUUAAUUCCCUGUUUCUGUAGAACUCCUGCAGCCUCUCCAAGGAAAUCUCUCCUCUGCAGGGCUCUUGGGGCUGUAGGAGGGAGGUGUGAAGGCUGAAUGAAAGGAAGUUGAGAAGGAGGAGAAAUUAAUGCUGUCCUGGGAGGGGAAGUUUAGAUCAGAAUUAAGGGGACAAUAUUGCCCAGCAGAUCCACACCAGGCAGCUGCUGCAAAGCAGUCACUGAAAUUCCAAGGAACCCACAAGAAGGUGUGUCUGGAAUCACCCAUUAUGAGUUCCACAGCCACACCAAUCUUCCUUUCAGCCACAACCACCCAGGCCCUUGGGACUAACCAGAGCGGGGCUGUGGGACAACAGGAGCCAUCCUAUGCUGUCUUGAAGUUCAUGGAGAGCUUCUGCCUCAUCAGCUCUGCCUGUGGGAUGGUGGGGAAUGCCCUGGUCCUGUGGUACCUGGGCUUCCGCAUCCGCAGGAACCACUUCACAGUCUACAUCCUGAACUUGGCGGCCGCCGACUUCGGGUACCUGCUCUGCAUUGCCAUCGAGACCGUCCAGUACCUGAUGCAGUUCAACGUGGGGGUGCAGUUUGGGAUAUUCCUCUUCCUGGAUCUCUCCAUGUAUGGGACCGGCCUGUACCUACUGACAGCCAUCAGCAUCGAGCGGUGCCUGUCUGUGGUCUCUCCAAUCUGGUGCCGGGCCCACCGCCCCAAACACUUGUCUGCCAUCAUCUCCGGCCUGCUCUGGGCUCUGUCCCUGCUGCUGAACACACUGGGGUACAUUCUGUGCACCAUCCGCCCCUCUCCCAGGCUCUGCCAAAGCCUGCUCAUCACCAUCGGGACCUUCGACUUCCUCAUCUGCGCACCCCUCAUGCUGCUCUUCAGCCUCACUCUCUUCCUCAGGGUCAAGUGCAGCUCCCAGCACUUCCAGACGGGCCGGCUCUUCACCGUCAUCAUGCUCACUGUCCUCCUCUUCCUCAUCUUUGCUGUGCCCCUCAGCGUCCUCAUCCUCUUUGACUUCCUGGGCUACAAAUUUCUCUACUCCCCAGAGAUUGGCUUCGUGCUGUCCUGUGUCAACAGCACCCUCAACCCCGUCAUUUACUUCCUGGUGGGAAGCUACAGGGAUCGGAGAUUCAAGCUCACCCUCAGGCUGGCAUUCCAGAGGGCCUUUGAAGAGUCAGGGGACGACAAAGAUGAGCAGGAAACCAGGGACUCAGUAACUAUGUCCUCCUAAAAGCCUGGUCUAGAGACAAGAGUGGGCAGAGUUGAAGAACUCCGAGGUUUUGGGGAAGGUUCAUUGCACCUGACCUUCAGUAUCCUAACUGUAGAUAGUUCAGCUGAUUAAAUGACUUCUGUCUGUCAUCAGUGAAAUCACACAAGGACCUGGACCACAGAAUUUUCCUGAACUGUAUUUGGACCACAAGUGACUAUUAAAUAACAUUAAUUUGAUAAGGUGAAAUGUCUUGGUGUCUGAAUUUCCUCAAAGGAAUCUUACUUAGAAUUUGCACUUCACUCAAUAAAUCCCUGUCAUUCCUAAGUCCGUGAAUUCUCAGUCACUUUUCACUCGGAUCACUGAAGAUGAGAUGGGAAACAACCUUCCUGCUGUUGAAAUCAGACAUAAAAUUCCUGCAAGGAGGAGGAAUUUAUCCCACUUAAUUUUAAAUACCCAUAUCCAAGCACACUUUUGUAGCUCAGAGAGCGAUUCUGGGCUUCCUAAUGUGAGCAUGUCAAAGAGUGAAGUUAUUUUAAUUUCUUCCAGCCCUGGACAGACUUUCUGCCUUCAACUAAAGCGUGAAUUGCUUGUUGUUU